AUGUCGGGCCUUUUUGGCAGCAGCGCCACGCCGGCAGCAACAACAUCCAACACUCAAGGAGAUCUCUCCAAGGAUGUCGAGGUUUCUCAACCCCCAGAGGAUACCGUCACCGAUCUUGCCUUCUCUAGCGCCGCAGACUUGCUUGCUGUCCCCAGCUGGGACAAGAAGGUGCGCAUAUACGAGAUCAAUGCUCAAGGCCAGAGCCAAGGCAAGCACAUGUACGAGCAUGAGGGUCCUGUGUUCAGUGUGGAUUGGUCAAAGGAUGGAACCAAGCUUGUUUCAGCAGGCGCGGACAAGAAGGCCAUGCUCUGCGAUGUAGCCACGGCCCAGCAAACCCAGAUCGCUGCUCAUGACCAACCCAUCAAGUGCGCCCGCUUCUUCGAAUCGCCGCAGUCCAAUAGCUCCAUGGUUGUAACAGGUUCUUGGGACAAGACCAUCAAGUACUGGGACUUGCGAAGCGCCACGCCAGUUGGUACUGUCACCGCACAGGAGCGGGUGUAUACCAUGGACGUUCGCAACAACCUGCUUGUCGUGGGCACUGCCGACCGAUACAUCAAUGUUAUCAACCUAUCGGAUCCCCUCAAAUUCUACAAGACCCUGCAGAGCCCACUUAAGUGGCAGACACGCGUAGUCAGUUGCUUUACUGACGCCUCUGGCUUUGCCAUUGGCUCCAUCGAAGGGCGUUGUGCGAUUCAGUACGUUGAAGAAAAGGAUGCCACUAGCAAUUUCUCCUUCAAGUGUCAUCGCGACCCGCCACAGGGCAAUGUCACCAACGUCUACUCUGUCAACGACAUCUCCUUCCACCCCCAACAUGGCACAUUUAGCACUGCUGGUAGUGACGGCACCUUCCACUUCUGGGACAAGGAUGCCAAACAUCGGCUCAAAGGAUACCCGUCUGUUGGAGGAAGCAUCGUUGCCACUACCUUUAACGCAAACGGCAACAUUUUUGCCUAUGCCGUCGGCUAUGACUGGAGCAAGGGACACCAAGGCAAUCAACAAAACUAUCCGAACAAGAUCAUGCUCCAUCCUAUUCAAGGCGAGGAGUGUAAACCGCGACCCAAUCCUAAGAAGCGUUAG